AGCCCUUGAGAUUGGCAGUUUCUUUUCGCUUCCUCUAAUUAAUUAAUGGAACAUAAAUCAGACGCCGUCAUUGAUAUUGUCCGUGCUGUCAACAACCAUCAAGAUGGCGUCCCAAAGACCAAGAAGAAAAAGCGACGCAGUGCAAUGCACAUCCUUAGGGUGGCCGUGUAUAUGCUGUCUCUAAGAUCUGGCAAAUCAAAAUCUGUCCAGACAGAUGUUGCUUCGAAGUGGAAGAAGUACUUGUCUUUCAUGCGUCCUUUGCACGUUCACAGCAACCAACAACGCAUCGAGGCCACACCGGCACCUGUGACAUCCACGGCGGUUCAUGAAGAAUCAAAAGUUACACCUCCGGCGGCUUCCGUGGAUGUUGUUGAGCAAUAUUUAGAGGUGUUUACCCCAUCUUAUUCGCCGGCCCCAAAAAGCAUAGCUUCAUCCUCGUCGGGCCAAACUAGCCAAUACGCAUCGGCGCAAAAUCUUCUAGAUCUUCUAAUUGAUAUGAGUGAUGAAGAUGAUGAUGGGGAUGAGGAUAGUUAUUAUGAUGAUAAAUAUGGGGACGAAACUAUAGACAUGAAGGCUGAGCAGUUCAUUGCUAAAUUUUAUGACCAAAUGAAGCUUCAACACAAGAAUUACUGAGGUCAUUAAACUGAAACUACAAUUUGUUUGCUUCCAUGCAUGCUCGUUUCAUCUCAGAUUCUCAGGUAAAGGGCGAAACAACUGGGUUGUUUAAUAUUUGAAAAACAU